ACACAUGAGACGGGGCGUGAGGGCGUCCGUUGCGUGCGUUGCGUUAUUCAAAUCCAGAUCCCACGUCCAUAUCUAUACAGUAUAUAUAUAUAGAUGCUCCUUCUCCGCUUGGCUGGCUCUUGCCCGUAAGAUCUGUCCCUUUCUCUCUCGCUGCUCGCUACGUACAUACAUACUGUAUAUCCACCAACAAUGAACCGUCUCCUUAGUCUGAGUGGGCGUCGCCAGCUUACCUCCCGUCUCGGUCAACUGUUGCCGGGCCGUCCAACAACAUCGGUCGUUCCUGCCCGCACCCUGCUAACUCGAAAGGGUCCUUCCGUCCGCUGCCAAACCCUCCAAGACGCCGUCUCGCAUAUCAAGUCAGGAGACCGUAUCUAUGUCCACGGUAUCUCCGCUGUUCCGAUCGACAUGCUCUCUGCCCUUCGGCAGAGAGAAGACUUGCGCAAUCUUGAGUUUAACCAUCUCCACCUCGAGACCCUCAACCCGUGCGAUGACCCCGCUCUGACAUCUGCCCGUGGCUUCUUCACCCAACACUUCUUUGUCGGAAGCAACGCUCGCAAAAACGUGGCGAAAUCCACUGGCGCGUACAUUCCGGUCUUUCUAAGCGAGAUUCCCAAACUCAUGCGGACGGGCCGCCUCAGGCCCGACAUCGCGCUCCUCAACCUGUCGCCGCCGGAUAAGCAUGGUUACUGCUCGCUUGGGACUGAGAUCGCUUGCGCGCUACCGGCAGCAGAGACGGCUCCCAUCAUCAUCGCUCAGAUCAAUCGUCACAUGCCAAGAACGUUUGGCUCCGCCCACAUCCACGUUGACUCCAUCGACUACGUCGUCGACCAUGACAAACCCCUCCCACAAUCACAAGUCAUUACGUGCUCCGAUGUCGAACAGAGGAUUGGGAAGCAUAUCGCAGAGCUUGUACCUGACGGGGCAUGUCUCCAAAUGGGCAUCGGAGCUCUUCCAAACGCUGUUCUCCAGCAAUUGAAAUCUCAUAAAGAUCUCGGUAUACACACGGAGAUGUUCGAGGAGGGUGUCAUCGAUCUCACCCGUACUGGCGUGGUCACCAAUCUCCGUAAGAACUUCCUACCAGGAAAGUUGGUCACAAGCUUUGUGAUGGGUACCCAACGCGUCUACGACUACGUCGACGAUAACCCGACGGUGGUCUUCCUCGACUCGGCCGAGACGAACGACCCAGUGACGAUCGGCCGUAAUGACCGCGUUGUUGCCAUCAACUCCGCGAUUGAGGUCGAUCUCACCGGGCAAGUGUGCGCGGAUUCCGUUGGAACCACACAGAUCUCCGGUGUAGGUGGUCAGAUCGAUUUCGAGAGAGGUGCUGCGAUCAGUCACGGCGGCGUGCCCAUCAUCGCGCUUCAAUCCUUGACCAAAAAAGGCGCCACACGCAUCGUGCCGACCUUGAAAGUUGGAGCGGGGGUCGUCACCACCCGCGCGCACGUUCAUUGGGUCGUAACGGAACACGGAGCCGUAAACCUAUUUGGAAAGAACAUGCAUGACAGAGCGAGGCUGUUGAUAUCCAUCGCACACCCAAAGCAUAGAGAAGAGUUGGAAAAAGCGGCAUAUGACCGGUUGGGCAUCCGUGCGUGGCGAUAGGACGUGAGAGGUUGUGCACGACCCGCUCCGCCCUCCUCUUCCUACACAGCGAUUGAAAAUUUAGGGUUAGGGUUAUU